AUGGUGGAAUCAUACGAACAAUAUUCAGGAAGAAGAAUACGGCGAUCCACUAGCAUAGAGAGAUUUGUCGAAACUCUUGUUGUUGUAGAUGAAAAAAUGGUAGAUUAUCAUGGAAAAGACGUUGAAUCGUACGUUUUAUGCAUUAUGAAUAUUGUUUCUAAACUGUAUCGUGAUUCGUCUCUAGGAAAUGCAGUUAAUAUUGUUGUUACCAAACUGAUAUUGCUUUCAGAACAACAGUCUUUUUUGAACGUAAGUCAUCAUGCAGAAAAGACUCUCAGUUUAUUUUGUAAAUGGCAAAGAAAGGUAAAGACUAAUACAACAAAGCACGAUACUGCAGUUCUUAUAACAAGAUUUGACAUUUGUUUUGAUCGAGACGAACCCUGCGAUACAUUAGGUUUAGCUCAAAUUUUAGGAAUGUGUGAACCAAGUCGUAGUUGCAGUAUUACUCAAGAUAUUGGAUUAGCUAGUGGAUUAAUUGUCGCUCAUGAAAUAGGCCAUAAUUUUGGAAUGCAACAUGAUGGAUAUGGUAACGAUUGCAGUUUUGAAAAUAUUGGGAAAGGCAACAUUAUGACUUCCAAACUUUCUCAAUUGGGUCAUCCCAUCACAUGGUCUAACUGUAGCAGACAAUACAUGACAGAAUUUUUAAAUUCAGGUCAAGCUGAUUGUUUGCUGAACAGACCGCCUAUCCACGAAUAUAAUUAUAACGAAGCAUUGCCUGGAUUCCAAUACAGUGCAGAAGAACAGUGUAAAUCCCAAUAUGGACCAGAUUCGACACCUUGCUAUAAUUAUCCUAAAACUAUAUGCCGUUAUUUGUGGUGCACAAAACUAAAUGGAGAAUGCAUUACGAAUAAAAUACCUGUGCUUGAUGGAACCGAAUGUAUUAUGGGUGAUGCAAUUGAUGGAUUUUGUUACGAUGGAGAAUGCAUGCCCAAUAAUACAAAAUUGGAAAGUGUUGAUGGCAAUUGGUCGCCGUGGACGGAAUGGAGUAUUUGUUCUAGAACUUGUGGAGGAGGAAUCGAAUCUUCAAGAAGAUACUGUGAUAACCCAAGUCCAAUGUAUGGUGGAAAAUUUUGUACUGGAGAAAGAAUGAGAUAUCGAUCGUGCAAUAUAUUGGAUUGCCCAAUCGACUCACGUGAUUUUCGCCAUGUUCAAUGUUCUAAAUUCAACAAUAUUCCUUUCAGAGGGAAAUUUUAUGAAUGGACACCUUAUCCGGGAGCUCAGGCAAAAUCGUGCUCUCUUUAUUGCCAAGCCACAGGUUAUGAUUUUUAUGUGGAAAGAGCAACGAAGGUUAUAGAUGGAACGAAAUGUUCUCAUAGCAUGAAUGUGUGUAUCGAAGGACAAUGCAAGCAUGUAGGUUGUGAUCGUAUUUUGGGUUCGAAUGCAUCCGAAGACAAAUGCAGAGUUUGCGAAGGAGAUGGUAGUACGUGUAAAACAAAUCGAGGAGAAUUUACUGACUUGUUAGAUGAAAAAAUUGGUGAAUAUGAAGAAGUUGUAAAAAUACCAAAAAAUUCUGUUUGGAUUUUUGUAUCAGAAAAGCAUCCUUCAGCCAAUUUUUUAGCACUUAAAAGCGUCGAGGGUAAAAUUCUCAUCAAUGGCAAAAGCGUAAUACAUUGGCCAAAAAUAUUUAAUGUAGCAGGUACAAAAUUCCAUUACAUGAGACCAAAAUAUCAUUUGGAAUAUAUUCAUGCUUUAGGGCCGACUUCAGAAGAUGUUAUUGUUACUUUGCUUCUCCAAGAACCAAAUAAAGGAAUUAGAUAUAUAUUUAAUACUCCAGUAGAUCCUCCUCGAGGGAAAAUUAUUUAUAGAUGGAUUCAUUUACCAUGGUCUGAAUGUUCUAAAACUUGUGCAAAAGGUAUAUCAAUCGCUAAAAUUGCGUGUGUUCAAGAAAAUAGUAAAUUACAAGCUCCAGAAAAAUUAUGUCAUGGAUAUAAACCGUCUGAUAGAAGUAGAUACUGCAAUAAAGAUCCAUGUCCACCAAAGUAUGUUACAAGUUUAUUUAUAUUUUAUUUAAUUUUGAGUAUUUAAAUAACACAUAACUUAUUUUUAAUUGAUGUAAAACUGAAGAUGGAAAAUUGAAGCUUGGAGUGAAUGUUCAAAAAGUUGUGGUGGUGGUUAUAAAAUACGAAACGUUUUAUGCACACAAGAAAUAGAAGCUUUGAAAGAACAAACUGUAAAUGAAACUCUAUGUUUAGAAAGUAGGCCUGAAAACCUUACUACUUGCAAUGAAUCUCCAUGUCCAAAUGUAUGGUACACUGGCAGGUGGUCUAAGGUAAGAGAUUUGAAAAACGUUUCUAACAGAUAAUUUCAUUAGGCCCCAUCUGAUAUAAAGUUCCAUGUUUAAAUUAAACUAUUAUAUUUAACUAAA